AUGGCGACGGCCGCUAUGACGUUGCUGGCGACUCUGAUUGUGGCUAUGGAAUUGUGGACUGGGUUUUCCCAGCCGCAGAGCAUUAUUGGCCGGACCAGCUUCCCAAAGGGUUUCACCUUCGGAACUGCAUCCGCUGCUUUCCAGUACGAAGGAGCAGUAGAAGUGGAAGGAAGAGGACAGACCAUUUGGGACACAUAUUCUCACACCUUUGGCAAAAUAAUCGAUUUUAGCAAUGCUGACGUUGCCGUGGACCAGUAUCAUCGCUUCACUGAGGACAUUCAGUUGAUGAAGGAUAUGGGCCUCGACUCCUAUCGAUUCUCCAUUUCUUGGAGUCGCAUUUAUCCUGAUGGAAAUGGGCAAAUCAAUCAAGGUGGAGUGGACCAUUACAACGAGUUCAUCGAUGCGUUGCUAGCUAAUGGAAUCCAGCCCUACGUCACAUUGUACCACUGGGACCUCCCUCAAGCCUUGUACGACAACUACACUGGAUGGUUGGACCCUCAGAUCAUAAAAGAUUAUGCGAGGUAUGCAGAGACCUGCUUCAAGAAAUUCGGGGACAGAGUGAAGCACUGGAUCACGUUCAACGAGCCUCACACGUUCACGGUCCAGGGCUACGAUUCGGGCCUCCAGGCGCCUGGCCGAUGCUCCUUCCGCCUCUGGUGCAAAGAAGGGAACUCGGACGUCGAGCCAUACAUCGUUGCGCACCACACGAUCCUCGCUCAUGCCGCUACGGCCGACAUCUACCGACGGAGGUACAAGCCAACCCAGAAGGGAUCUAUUGGGGUAUCAUUUGAUGUUAUUUGGUUCGAGCCUGGAACCAACUCGCCGGAAGAUGUGGAAGCGGCCCAACGGGCCCAAGAUUUUCAGUUGGGCUGGUUUUUGGACCCGAUGAUGUUGGGAGAUUAUCCAAGCUCGAUGAGGAGCCGGGUCGGGACCCGACUGCCAAAGUUCGCAGAUUCUGAUGUCUCUCUGGUCAAAGGGUCGUUAGACUUUGUUGGGAUUAACCAUUAUACGACGUAUUAUGCGAGGAAUAGUUCGUGUGGGAUCAUUAACCUCCUUAAUGACACCCUUGUUGACUCUGGAACCACUGCUUUCCCAAUUAAAGAUGGGAAACCCAUUGGAGACAGGGCGAAUUCGAUAUGGUUGUAUAUAGUACCGGAAGGUAUGAGAAAAUUAAUGAACUAUGUCAAGAAUAGAUAUGGAAACCCUCCAGUGUUCAUCACCGAAAAUGGCAUGGAUGAUCCAAACAGCCCGUUCAUCCCCCUUCAAGAUGCGUUAAAAGAUGAUAAAAGGAUAAAUUACCUUAAUGACUAUCUCACAAACUUAUUGGCUUCCAUCAAGGAAGAUGGAUGCAAUGUGAAGGGGUAUUUUGUGUGGUCUUUGAUGGACAAUUGGGAAUGGUCAGCUGGAUACACUUCUAGAUUUGGUCUCUACUUUGUAGACUAUAAGGACAACUUGAAGAGGUAUCCUAAGAACUCUGUGACCUGGCUCAAGAAUUUCUUGGGUAAUUCUGUUUAG